UCUAAACCAGUGAGUCACUUCUAGCUAUUUAAAGCCUGAAUACACAAAACAACAAACGAUAAAAUAAGUGUAUAAAAAGUUUUCCUCUCGUUAAAAAAGAAACAAUCCUAUUCUAAGGUAAUAAAGCAGUGGUAAACGUCGGUAUUCUCCUAUAUAUUUGACUACUUUAAUUUUGCUGGGAAAUAUGGAAUCAAAGUCCAUCUUAAAAGUAGCUGUCAUUGGAGCUGGAGGUGCUGGUCUAUGUUGUGGCAGACAUUUGCUGUCGGAGCCUGACAGAUUUGUUUUUGAAAUUUUUGAGCAACAAGAGGAUGUCGGGGGUACCUGGAAAUAUUCUGAAAGAGUGGGUCUAGAUGAGUUCGGCUUACCUGUUUUCUCUAGCAUGUACAAAAACUUAAAAGCUAAUUUACCAAAAGAAACCAUGGCAUUCCCAGAUUUUCCAUUUCCACACUGUAAUGGUCAAUCUUUUGUUCAUCAUACAGAAGUAUUGCAGUAUUUAAAGGAUUACUGCAAGUAUUAUGAUCUUUACAAACAUAUUAAGUUUCAUAAAAUGGUUGAAAAUGUAAAACCGCUGAAGCACUCAGACGGGCGAGUGGAAUGGACAGUCAGUUAUUCAGAUGCUGUCACCAAAGAAAUGGAGACAAAAGUAUAUGAUNAAAUUAAAAACAGAUGUUAUUUUGAAAUCAGCACAAACAAUUCUAUAAGUUUUCAUAAAAUGGUUGAAAAUGUAAAACCGCUGAAGCACUCAGACGGGCGAGUGGAAUGGACAGUCAGUUAUUCAGAUGCUGUCACCAAAGAAAUGGAGACAAAAGUAUAUGAUGCAGUUAUGGUCUGCAAUGGACAUUAUUCUGUUCCAUAUAUCCCAGAGAUUCCUGGACUCAGGGAAUUCAAAGGAGUUCUAACACACAGCCAUGACUAUCGAAAUCCAUCUGACUUCAAAGACAUGAAAGUAGUACUACUCNAAUCAAACACUCUUUUGGUUAUUCUGAGCCACAAUGAUUCAUUUAAGACGAGUCCCCUUCCUGAAAAUCUGAAACAAGAAAAAGGAAUUGAAUCUGUUGAUGAGACAUCCGUCACUUUCGUUGGUGGAAAAAGAUACAAAUGUGAUGCUAUCAUCUUAUGCACUGGUUACUUAUAUCAAUAUCCAUUCCUCGACCCUUCGUGCAAUGUUCACAUCGAUGAUCAAAGAGUUACUCCUCUCUACCUCCAUACAUUUCACAUCGAUUUUCCCACUCUAUCGAUACUGGCCGUGACAAAAAUGAUUCUGCCUUUUCCAAUCUAUGACAAUCAGGUAAAAGUUAUUCUAAAAGUUCUGAAAGGGGAAAUCAAACUUCCCAAUCGAGAAAUGAUGAGGGCUGAGGAACAGGAGGACUACAGAAAAAGAUUGGAAAGCGGGUUUAAACCAAGGCAUGCCCAUAUUCUACCUGGGCAAUGGCAGUGGGACUUUGAUGACGUCAUUUGUAAGGUUGGCCAAAUAGAACCUAUAUCGAAUGUUGUACGAAACUUGUUUAAUUAUGUUGUUCAGGAUUUAAAACAUAAAGAUUUGGUAAACUAUAAAAAUACGAACUUUCAAGUGCUGGAUGGCAAAACAUUCGUUCAACUAAAAUGAAAUUUUUCGAAAUAGACUUUUGUAUAAAUACACAAAGCUCAGAAUAUAAAUGGUAUCUUUAUUUUA